UAUGCGUGAUACUUCCAGAGAUAUUUUUGUUCGUCAACAAGUUGACUUAAAAUUAACUUCAAUCAGUCAUUUUCAAGUACAAAAUGGAAUGAUGCUUGUAGCAACUAACGGGCAAAAUUUGUUUAACAUUCGCUUGCAAAAUUCCAAGAAAACAGACCUAAAAUUACAUAUCGAAAUGCAUGACAGAAUUUCACAUUUACAUUUGGAUUUUACUGGUAUUCAUGCUCUAGUGACCACUGUUUCUGGAGAAAAUUUUUAUGUUAAUAUGCGUAGUUGUGUUUUAAAGCCUAUUAGGCGAAUGAAGGGAAUGAUAGUUAGCGCUGUAGCGUGGAAUUUUGAAUUUAACAAGGAUUCUGAAACUGGAUUUAUACUCAUUGGAACUACUAAAGGCGCAAUCUAUGAAACAAAUAUUUCCUCUUCUGGCUCAAUUAAUUAUUUAAAACAGUUAAAUCCAAAUAUUUCCGAAAAGGGAUUGCCAAUUUCUGCUUUACAUCUCCAUCAAAUGUCUGGUUCAGAUUGUGAUUAUUUACUUUUAAUUUGUGUUCCAAACCGACUUUAUUGUGUUUUUGGUUCAGCAAAUCUACAAGUCAACUCUCAGCAAAGAUCUACUCCUCAAGUUGUUGGAACUGUUUGGAGCAGUGUUAUGGUCGAUCAAAGUCAAGAGGCGGUUUUGCAGUCGCUAUUUACAACUGAGAGCAAACCUCAAUAUCUUUCAAUGGUCAAAGACAAAGAAAAUGAAGGACCACCUAGUGCUUUCACCGUCUUUCCUUUACAAUGUGAAGAAGAAAUGACACCAAAAUUUGCCUGGUUAGCAGCUGAUGGUCUCUCAAUUGGUACAAUUGAUUCAAGUAAUGAAGAGAAUAAUACAAGGAAAUCUGAUUGGUGUGAUCGUCUUUGUAUUGAUGUUAAUAUAAAUCAUCGUCGUUCUGAAGGGAGACUUGAUUAUCCAUUAGAUAUUUGUCUUACAGAAUUUCAUCUGUUACUUUUGUAUACAAGCAGAAUUGUUGCAAUUUCACUUUUUGAUAGAACACUUGCAUUUGAAGAUUUUUUUAUUGUUUGUGGUAUACCCAAAAUAAUUGGAAUGGGAAGGGAUGCAUCUUCUCAUAUGAUUUGGGUAUUUGCUGAAUCUUCUAUUUUUAUGUACCGGCCAAAUGAUGAAUGCCGUGAAGUUUGGCGUUUUUUUAUGGAACGCAAAGAAUUUGCAAAAGCUAAAAAGGUUGCCAAUCAAUUACAAGAUAGAAGACCAUUUCAAAUAAUUUUGAAAAAAGAAGCAGAAAAAUUUUUGAUGGAAAGAAAGUUUGUUUUUUUGGCUAGAAAUUUUAAAGUAUUUUUUUUAUCUUUGGGAGAGUUUGGGCGUGGGGACAUUUGGGCGAUUUUUGAAAAAUUUGUUGAAUUUUAUAAUUUUUGGGAAAUCGAUAUUUUAGGACAAUUCUGUGAUUCUGGCCCAACUUAUUAG